AUGGUGGGCGGAGCUAGACGUCUAAUUUAAUGGUAAUCUGUUUACAGAGUGGUGUUAUGACUCUGAGACAGUUAUAUAGUCCAGCGUGGUUUGUUGAGACAAGUGCCCUCUGAGGUACAUGGACUACAAUGUUCAAGCAAAUAACAAAAAUUGGCAGAACAUACUGUAAUGCUGAAACUACUAAUGCAAGUAUCUUUGGGUCAACUAUGGCUUUGAGUCAAGUGAGAAGAACAUUGGUGUUCACUUUUCAAUGCAACUCAGUGCUUACAUUUCUGUUGUUCUCCCUUUCAGACAGCGGACGCGGCCAAGUCGUCAUCCGAAGUGGAUGAACUUUUCAUUGACGACAUAGGGUCCGGGGGUUACUACCCUGAAGAUGACGACGACUUUAACUCAGGGUCAGGAUCAGGUAAGAGUCAGGUCACAGUGGCCUUCAACUGGGUCAACAUAAACAGGCAGGCAGGCUGGCACUCACGCACACACACAAAAGAUAAUUUCUGUAUACUGUGUCUUUAAAGGAUUCAUUGGCUUUUCACCCAGAGUUGACAUGUCUGUAGAACUGAGGUCUUACUUAGGUAUUGAAGCCCCUUUUACAAAACUUUUAACAACAGACAGAUGGCCAAAACAAAGCAGGCUGUAUGAAAGAGCUUUGAUAACUGUAGCGAACACUGUUCCCAGUGAAAAGAAACCAGACUCACUUUACCUUCACCUGUUCCCAUUCUAGAAUAUCAGGAGGUGGCCUUGUCUGUUGUGAUUGAAUUAUGAAUGCGAAUGUACGGUAGUUAUAAAAAGUUAUUAUGAAAAGCCUGAUUUCACUUAGAUACAGACUCAAACAUAGACAGACAUUCAACUGAAAGUAAUUGAGUGCUGGUGAAGUAGUACAACAGUGCUAUCUCCUCAUCUUGCUCUGCAGGCAUUGCUGAGGAGGUGAUCGAGGAGGCGGUGACUGUGAGCACGCUGUACAUUGCGCCCAAAGCAGAACCCACCCAGGACUCCACCAAAGACUUCACUCCCAGAGUGGAGACAGACAUGCCCAGAGAAGACCUGCCUAGGGAAACGCCCAGGAAGCCAGUCAGAACAGAGGUGAGUGAACAUGACAACCAUUUAGACUGGCCCACUAAGCUAAAGAUGGGCAUUUGCCCGAACUGCCCUAGAACCAGUCCUUUUUUGCCACAUAUGGUAGAUAUUGUAAGAUUGGAAAUUGCCUACUAUUUUCUAUAGGGGCCUUUCCACACCCAAAAUAACAGUUGAACAUGCAUUGACCCCGAUGCUGGAAUUCUAUACAUAAAAAGUAGUCAUUGGUAAUAGAGCCCUAAUAGCACACUAAUAUUAAAGCAUUUUGCUAGAUAGUGAUCUAUGAUCUUUGGUCUGCCCACAGAUGAAGAGUAUAAACCAUCAGCCAGAAAUCUUAACUCGUUAACAUAGCAUGUCAUCAAAUCCCUCUAAUGCAGUGAUGAUAAUACCCUCCAAGAGGUUCCUCUGGGGAUAAGGAUCAAGCAGUCAUCUAGGCUCCUGAUGUUGCUGUGGUUUGUUGUACAUUAUGCUGGAUUACUGAAUCAACAGUCAUAAUCUCCCAUUUUGGAACACUACAGCAUCAGCUCUUGGACCCCCCUUUGGUGUGUUGGGUGAUGGCCUAGAUUAUUUCUUAGUUUAGGGGCAGUCACUGGCCUUUCAGCAGAGUCAAAGGACACUGGCCUGGUUCCGUUGUGGUCCCUUUCUCCUUCCUCUAAUCCCUUACCAUUCAAUAUGUACACAUGAAGACACCAGGGAGGUGAAAGCAAUACAGUAAAGACUCCACCAAACCCUCCAAUAGUAUUAGUGUGGCUUCUGCCAUGUUGCUUUCUCCUAUCCAGUCUUUUCAGAUCUGUGAACACGGAAGGUGUAGGGCAGGGGUCUGCAACAGGUGGCCCUCGGGCCAAAUCCGUCCUGCGAGUGAUUUUACUUGGCCCUGGUUUCGGGGCUAGAGACCCAAAUGGAACCAGGCAUCUAUGUUAGUACAUAAACCAUAUCCCUCCAUCUCUAACUUCCAUUCUCCUGGCCUUUAUGUUUGUAAAAAACCUGUAUCCCACCAUCGCUACUCUUCCAUUCUCUCCUCCCAGCCCCCAGUACCCGUCACAGAGGACGUGCGCAAGAACCAGAUCACCAGCACCACCAGCACCCCCAGCUCCCCCCUGGAGCCCAUCGAUGUUCGCUCGGAAAACCUCUUCCAGAGAACAGAGGUGCUGGCAGGUAUGUACAGCAGCACAGGGGUUCACCAUUUUCAUACUCGACACAGGCUACAGUGUGCAGUCUUUGCACCUGUGUCUACACAUCUAAAUGCUGAUUAUGGGUUGUGAGCUGUCACAUUUUUUUGAUGAUUAUCAGGUAAUUACACUGCCAUUUUAUUUCUGAAUUCUUGAUUACAAUGUUGAUUAUGAAGUAGGUCAGAUGCUGGGUCUGGAGCGAUGCUAAAAUGUGUCUGCUGCCAAGAUUGAUGACAAGAUAAUCCGCGUUUGGAUGUCUGCCGUGUUUUGUUGGUUGCAUCUUUGCUGCAUCUUUAGCAUCUUUAGCUUAUGCAGCAACUUCAUAUAUGCUCUGCCAUAUAACACCUAAUAAUCGGUAAUAUAAUUGUUAUAACAUUGCUGUUAUACACUGAGUGUAAAAAACAUUAGGAACACCUUCCUAAUAUUGAGUUGCUCCCCCAUUUUGCCCUCAGAACAGCCUCAAUUUGUUGGGGCAUGGACUCUACAAGGUGUCGAAAGCGUUCCACAGGGAUGCUGGCCAAUGUUGACUCCAAUGCUUCCCACAGUUGUGUCAAGUGGACUGGAUGUCCUUUGGGUGGUGGACCAUUCUUGAUACACACGGUAAACUGUUGAGCUUGAAAAACCCAGCAGCGUUGCAGUUCUUGACACACUCAAACAGGUGCGCCUGGCACCUACUACCAUACCCCGUUCAAAGGCACUUAAAACUUUUGUCUUGCCAUUUCACCCUCUGAAUGGCACACAUACACAAUCCAUGUCUCAAUUGUCUCUUUAACCUGUCUCCUACCCUUCAUCUGCACUGAUUUGGAGUGGAUUUAACAGGUGACAUCAAUAGUGGAUCAUAGCUUUCACCUGGUCGGUAUGUCAUGGAAAGAGCAGUUUUGUACACUCAGUGCACAUUGUAUUUAUUUCCUGAACAGAUCCAAAUUCCUUAAUCAUGCUGUUAGUAGGUCAGUGUAGUAAUGGUGCUGUAACUAUAAUCCAAGGGACAUUUUCUCCCCAUGUCUCUCAUGCUCUCUACAGCUUCUGAAAAUAAUAUAUAAAAUACAUUUCUACCCCUCAGUGGGACCUUCCAGAGUUCAUAGCACAGUUUGCUCCAAUUUAGUGUUAAUUCACUUCUAAUGAAAUCCAAACUAGGAAAAUGAACUCACUGGAAAUGGCACUCUGAUGCUGUUUUCCUUUCAGUGUCGGAGAUAAACAUGUAGAGUGUUACAAAUGGAUUGGCACUUCAGUUCCCCUUUGUUCUGACAUCCAUCUGAUAGUUACUGGGAAAAGUGACAUGGAUGAGGAUAAAUAGGGAUAUCAAUACAGUCGUGGUGGAAAUAUAUCCCACAAACAUCCAUCCAGUUUGCCACCUUUGCUCAUUUGGAUUUUGUUGUUUAUUCCAAAGUUUGCAAUGUAGAAAACUUACAUCCAACCUUGAAUAUUUGUCUAACUAUUGUAUUUCAAAAUUGCUCAAAUUACCUGUCAUGUAGAGACGUGAGGCCCUGACUUUUCAAACUGUCUGCUAGCUACACUACUUUUAUCUCUGUUUUCAAUUAUUGUCAUGUUGGCCACAUCCACUGAAACCCUGGCCUUCACAAGGCUGUGUAUACUCUGGAUUAGAGUAAUGUAAAACCCAGAGAUCAGGAGGCCCAGGCCCACUGUGUGGAAACAGAUCUGGCUAGCUAACCUCCUCCUGUCCUCUAUACCGCUACCUUUCCUCUUUCUGUCCCCUAUGGCUCCCACAAACUCCAAUUGUCUGUAAUCUAAUUUACAUUUAUCCGCUCCACACCGAGGCGCCACACGGUUUCUGGCUGGAAGCGUGCCAGGUUUCUUUUUACCCAUGGGGCCGAGGCACCAGUUUAACAUGUGGAAAUAAAACUGGAGCAGAGGGGAGAUUGUUUCGCCACAAGGCUAUAAAGAAAUCUCAUACAAGUAUAAUUGGAAGAAUUAUUAAAUCCUAUUUAAAUAGUUAACACGCAGGAAACAAGGGCAUGUCCUGGGAGUAAUGUUGAGUAGCUUGAUAGGGGGAUUGCGUAAGAAAGGGUACAGUGCAUUCAAAGUUCCCUCUCUAAAUGCAAUAAGCUUUAAUGUCCUCUGAAUAGCCUUUGACCUCUAACCUCUGACCUCUUCCUCUCUGUCCACAGCUGUCAUUGCGGGUGGAGUUAUUGGCUUCCUCUUCGCGAUCUUCCUCAUCCUCCUCUUGGUUUACCGCAUGAGGAAGAAGGAUGAGGGCAGCUACGACCUGGGAGAGAGGAAACCCUCCGGGGCAGCCUAUCAGAAGGCCCCAACCAAGGAGUUUUAUGCAUAA